CGGCGUUCUGGGCCUGGGCGGCCGGCCGUAGAGGCGGCGGCGCCUGCCGGCUGUGGGAGGAGCCGCGAGGUUCCGGCUUCUCGGGCGAGGCGACCCUUGCUUGGGCCGGCGCUGCGAGAGAGCAGGGCAGGUAGGCGAGCGGAGGGCCGCAGCUCUCGGACCAGCUCGGGCGGCGGAGCCCCCCGCGGCGCCCCCCGCACUCCCGGCCUCUAGCUGCGAGGCGGGGGAGUGAGGAGAUGCCGACUCAGAGGGACAGCAGCACCAUGUCCCACACGGUCGCAGGCGGCGGCAGCGGGGACCAUUCUCACCAGGUCCGGGUGAAAGCCUACUACCGCGGGGAUAUCAUGAUAACACAUUUUGAACCUUCCAUCUCCUUUGAGGGCCUUUGCAAUGAGGUUCGAGACAUGUGUUCUUUUGACAAUGAACAGCUUUUUACCAUGAAAUGGAUAGAUGAGGAAGGAGACCCGUGUACGGUAUCAUCUCAGUUGGAGUUAGAAGAAGCCUUUAGGCUUUAUGAGCUAAACAAGGAUUCUGAACUCUUGAUUCAUGUGUUCCCUUGUGUGCCAGAACGUCCUGGAAUGCCCUGUCCAGGAGAAGAUAAAUCCAUCUAUCGCCGAGGUGCACGCCGCUGGAGAAAGCUUUAUUGUGCAAAUGGCCACACUUUUCAAGCCAAGCGUUUCAACCGGCGUGCUCACUGUGCCAUCUGCACAGACAGAAUAUGGGGACUUGGGCGCCAGGGAUAUAAGUGCAUCAAUUGCAAGCUCCUGGUUCAUAAGAAGUGCCACAAACUUGUCACAAUUGAAUGUGGGCGGCAUUCUUUGCCACCGGAGCCAAUGAUGCCCAUGGAUCAGUCAUCCAUGCAUUCAGACCAUGCACAGACAGUAAUUCCAUAUAAUCCUUCAAGUCAUGAGAGUUUGGACCAAGUUGGUGAAGAGAAGGAGGCAAUGAACACCAGGGAAAGUGGCAAAGCUUCAUCCAGUUUAGGUCUUCAGGAUUUUGAUUUGCUCCGGGUAAUAGGAAGAGGAAGUUAUGCCAAAGUACUUUUGGUUCGAUUAAAAAAAACAGAUCGUAUUUAUGCAAUGAAAGUUGUGAAAAAAGAGCUUGUCAAUGAUGAUGAGGAUAUUGAUUGGGUACAGACAGAGAAGCAUGUGUUUGAGCAAGCAUCCAAUCAUCCUUUUCUUGUUGGGCUGCAUUCUUGCUUCCAAACAGAAAGCAGAUUGUUCUUUGUUAUAGAGUAUGUAAAUGGAGGAGAUCUAAUGUUUCAUAUGCAACGACAAAGAAAACUUCCUGAAGAACAUGCUAGGUUUUAUUCUGCAGAAAUCAGUCUAGCACUAAAUUAUCUUCAUGAGCGAGGGAUAAUUUAUAGAGAUUUGAAACUGGACAAUGUAUUACUGGACUCUGAAGGGCACAUUAAGCUCACUGACUAUGGCAUGUGUAAGGAAGGAUUACGGCCAGGAGAUACAACCAGCACUUUCUGUGGUACUCCUAAUUACAUUGCUCCUGAAAUUUUAAGAGGAGAAGAUUAUGGUUUCAGUGUUGACUGGUGGGCUCUUGGAGUACUGAUGUUUGAGAUGAUGGCAGGGAGAUCUCCGUUUGAUAUUGUUGGGAGCUCUGAUAACCCUGAUCAGAACACAGAAGAUUAUCUCUUCCAAGUUAUUUUGGAAAAACAAAUUCGCAUACCACGUUCUCUGUCUGUAAAAGCGGCAAGUGUCCUGAAGAGUUUUCUCAACAAGGACCCAAAGGAACGAUUGGGUUGUCAUCCUCAAACAGGAUUUGCUGAUAUUCAGGGACACCCAUUCUUCCGAAAUGUUGAUUGGGACAUGAUGGAGCAGAAGCAGGUGGUACCUCCCUUUAAACCAAAUAUUUCUGGGGAAUUUGGUUUAGACAACUUUGAUUCUCAGUUUACGAAUGAACCUGUCCAGCUCACUCCAGAUGACGAUGACAUUGUGAGGAAGAUUGAUCAGUCUGAAUUUGAAGGUUUUGAGUAUAUCAAUCCUCUUUUGAUGUCUGCAGAAGAAUGUGUCUGAUCCUCAUUUUCCAUCAAUGUAUUCUACUUAUGUUGCCGUUUAAUGCAUGGAUCAACUUGUUACCAGGCUGGAUACAAUUAACCAUUUUAUAUUUGCAACCUAAAAAAAAAACACUCAAUAUCUUCUAUUAUAGACUACAAGAAUCAAUUAUUACAUCUAAGUUUAACAAUGAAAAAGAAAUUAAAACUAGCUUCCAAACAAUCAUGUCAAAAUUUAGUUAUACUGUUUUUUCAGAGGCCUACUGAUGAGUAUUAAAGUUAUCUUUUUUGUUUAAACAAAAUACCACUGCUUUUAAAAGAAAGUAUCUGUUGCAUUAAGGCACAUAGUGGGAUUACAUCAUAAAUCUCCCAUAAAUUUUAUCAUUCUGCAUUAAGACAUUUGAGAGUUUAAUUUUGGAAUAAAAGAUUCAAAAUACAACAAUUUUUUAUAUUAUCUAUUAGUUUUUGAGAUUUUUAUGUUUAAAAAUUCAGCUGUAAAAUUUAUUAUUGCCUUGGAUAAAUAAAUUAUUGAUAAGGCAACAGUUAUUAAGUUGGUAAUAAAAGAUAUCGUUUGCUUAGAACUGGGGAAUACAAAUUCUUCUUGAGUUAAAAAGUAGGUACAUUUUAUUAAGAAUCAGAUUCCAAAUCAUUAACUAUUUUUGAAAACCUGGUGCAAGUAAUUUUUUAGUAUAUUAAGGGGUAGCUUCUGACCUUAUCCCUUUAUCGGAAACUUUAACUGGAAUGUUAAUGUUAAUGAUGCAAAAGACCCAGGAUGCAGUUGAAUGGAAAAUUAAGAAAGAAAGAAAUAGAAUUUACAGAAAAGUACAAUAAUAUUUUUAUUUCUUACUGGAGAGUGAAUCCCAGAGUUGCUUUUUGUGAUUUGAUUUAAAUAAUGAGACACUCACUUGUUACCAAACUUGUAAAAGCAUUCCGUGUAUGCUAUGGAUGAAGAAUGUAUUAAUAUUUUUCCUUAUAAUUUAGUAUACAGGAAAAUAAUUUAUUUUCUAAGUAGAGUGUAUUAACCAUGCUCAUUUCUUCCCCAUAACCACAUUAUUUGUACUUAUACAACCUGUUUAUGGAGUCUUUAAUAAAGUAAACAUGAAUAAAUGUUCAGGACACACAUACAUACUCACACAUCACGGUUCCAGCUCCUUAAGUGAGUUUUUAAGUAGGUAACACAUGCAAUACAUAGAAUACAUUUCAGGGGCAGAGUUGUUCAGAUUAUUUUUUAUUAAUAUUAGCAUUUAGCAAUUUAUUAUUUAGAGAUGCUAGAUAUAGCAUCCUUCUGUUUAUUUUAAAUAUCUUUUUUUAUGAAAAGGGACAUAAAAUGUAGCCAUGAUCAUAUAAAUUACUUAAAAUUGUUCAAUCUUAGUAAAAUUUAAUUUUAGGGAUGUUAUCUAGUCUUAAAUUUAGAAUGAUUUAAAGUGUGUAGGCAUUUAAUUUUUUUUUUUUUUUUUUUUUUCCUUUUUGGAUGCUGCAUUUCAUCAGAAAUGCAGUUCUCUAAAGUUUCUGGUCAAGUACUCUUUUUCUUUCAAAUAACUUGUCUGAAAGCAAUGAAAACCUCAAAGGAAAAUGUUUAUAUACAUUCACAUGUUUAUUUAAGAGAUAUAUAUAUGUUUCUCUUAAUACCUGAAACUUGUUUUAAAACAAAAAGCAGUAUUCACUUCAAAUCAUAAACUUACCGAGAAUUCUGGCAUCUUAUGUCAGAAAUAUGUUUAUGAUCUUUUAAGUGGUGCUGUUUCCCCUAGGGCAUUAGUUCUCAAACUUUAGAACAUGGAAGUUUGUUUAAAACGCACAUUACUGGGCCCACCUUGGCAUUCUGUCACGUCUUUGGGCCUCAUUUUGAGAAACACUUUCUUCAGAUUAUUUUCUUUUGUCCUGUAGUUAAAUAUUGAAAGCGUAUUCAUAGUAAAACAUUUUGAGAAGGGGUAGGCAGUGAGUUAUUAUCCACAAUUUUAAAUAAAUUUUGAAUGAAUUACUUCUUUAAAUUAGUCACCUUCCUCACCUACCCCCCCAGAAAACCUAUCAAUGGUUUCUACCACUUAUGUACAAAAUGAUGAGCAUUUUUCUAUGAUGAGAUUUUAACCAUUAUUCAGGGUAGUCUUUUGUUUUUUAAUCUUUUUUUAACUAAUAAGAUUUACUGUGUAUAUUUUAUACAGAAAUGCAUUAUAAAAUGUUUUUAAUUAUGUUCUGUUUUUUGCAGUCUUUAAGUGCCCAUGCCAAUUGUUUUUAUAUUAUAUAGAAGUUCUCUCAAAAUACUCACCAGGGGAUAGUGAGAAUGGUUGGAAUUUUGGUGUUCUAAGAAAAAAUUUAUUUUGCAUAACCAUAUGGUCAGAUCAUUUUAUGCAUAUGCAGCCUGGAUUGGAUAUCAAAUAUUAUGCUUGUUCACUACCGGUACGUUUAGUUUAUAAAUUUGUUUUGUUUUGUUUUUUGUCUGUGAAAUAGUCCUUGGCCAUCAUAAUGUAAUCUGUAUUUGUGUAUUUUUUUUUUUACUUUAAACUCUUUAAAUAAAAUGUUUAAUACCUGUCAA